GAUGACCAGAGACUGCGGACAGUACAGGAGAUGACCAGAGACUGCGGACAGUACAGGGAUGACCAGAGACUGCGGACACAGUACAGGGAUGACCAGAGACUGCGGACACAGUACAGGGAUGAGCAGAGACUGCGGACACAGUACAGGAGAUGACCAGAGACUGCGGACACAGUACAGGGAUGACCAGUGACUGCGGACAGUACAGGGAUGACCAGAGACUGCGGAAAGUACAGGAGAUGACCAGAGACUGCGGACAGUACAGGGAUGACCAGAGACUGCGGACAGUACAGGAGAUGACCAGAGACUGCGGACAG